AGGAUUGAGAAUCGCAUCGUUUUUAUGUCGAAUUGAAAGGACCGAGGACAGACUGACUCACUGAAUAUUGGAUGUUUUGCCAUUUUUCUAAGGAUUUACCUCGAUCUGUGAUGUCUACUCCUGCUCGCCGUCGUUUAAUGCGAGACUUUAAACGUCUCCAAGAGGAUCCACCUGCUGGUGUUAGCGGUGCGCCAACUGACAACAAUAUAAUGUUAUGGAAUGCAGUCAUAUUUGGACCACGUGAUACACCAUUCGAAGAUGGUACAUUCAAAUUGACUCUAGAAUUUACUGAAGAAUAUCCGAAUAAACCACCAACCGUUCGAUUCAUAUCGAAAAUGUUUCAUCCAAAUGUUUAUGCUGAUGGAAGUAUAUGUCUUGAUAUUUUGCAAAAUCGAUGGAGCCCUACGUAUGAUGUAUCGGCUAUAUUAACAUCAAUCCAAUCAUUAUUAGAUGAACCAAAUCCAAAUUCACCUGCAAAUUCAUUAGCUGCUCAGCUUUAUCAAGAGAAUCGUCGCGAAUAUAAUGAAAUGUCGAAAAAUUGGUUACGUAAAGAUUUCGACUAUCUUGUUGGACGUCGAUUAGAACGUCAUCCACCACAUUUUAGUAAUCGAAGGCAAAAAAAAUCAUCAGCCGAUAGACCACAACAUAUUCCUCAUCUACAACGUUGUCGCUUAGGAAAUUCGAAAUGUGAUGGUAAAAACUUGCAGCAAAAAUGUUCCGAAAAUCGUCGACAUGUGAAAUAUACAUUCACGAAUCAACCAUUCAAUUCACGAUUAACUCUUGAACCGAAGCUAGAAAUUUUGGGUUCGAAUAAAGUUCUAGAUUAUGAUGAUAUUCAACUAGGUUGGAAUCCAGGAAUAUUCGCUAAUACUAAAUUCGUCCGAAGUAAAGAUCGUUAUAAACAAAAUGACAAAAUAGUCGAAAGAAAAUUUCAUGUCAAAAGUUUUGCUGAUUGUAUUACUGAAUCACCAAUUCGGUAUUCACCUGUCGUGAAAUCCAAAGAUCGACAAUUUCACCGUCUUACAACCAUGAUUGAACCAGUGGAAGAAAAUUCAGACAACCUGAAUUCGAAUGAUUUGAAUUUUCAUAAGGAAGUUGAUCUUUCUCAUCAAAUAAAUAUGUACAAAGUAGAAUCAAACCUUCAUUUAUCUGAUGAUUACUCAAUCAUAUCGUCGGAAGAUAAUCUAUCUCAAUUCAUGUUUAAAAUUCCAGAUGUUGAAACGAUUUCAUUCGAAAUAGACACCUCUAAUGAUAAUAAUGAUGAAAUUCCCAGUAAACCAUGUAAACAUUUGACCGACAUUGUUCCUAAUUAUUACUUUCAAGAUGAUCCAUAUUUCCAAGAUCAAUAUAACUACAAUCGACAUAGAAUCAGAUACUUAUCAUCAGUUGAUACACCUAAUUUUCAGACCGAUAAUAAUAAUGCGCAUUUUUUUGAUAUUUAUUAAUUAACAACGUUUGUAAUAUAACAUCAUGUAUUAUU